AUGACGUAUUUGCGUGACGAACAACUACGUCGCCGUCAACUCGACCCGACAUCCACGUCAUCGCAACUCAACGUCGUCUCUCAUCUGAAUCCACUCGAAGAACGUCUCAUCGAACUAGGCGUCGACUUUGAGAUUCAGGAGCAGCAGCGACGAAUUCAGACGGAAUUCGAGAACUAUCAUUUGCAACAACAACAACAACAACAGUUGCAACAAUUUCAUCAACAACAACAACACCCGACGACUCAACAACAACUCAAUCAGCAACAACAACAGCAGUACUAUCAACACCUUCAACUGCAACAACAACAACAAUUACAACUACUUCAGCAUCAACAACAACAGGAACUAGUUGCAUCUAAGCAAGGACAGCAACAGGACAAACAGAAGCGUAAAUACACGAAGAGAAAGAACGCGUUGCUCACCGUGGCGUCUGCCGACAUGAAAUCGCCUGGAACUACAUCAUUGGAGGCCGCCGGUGGUGGCGGCGGUGGUGGGGCGACGACGUCAUCGGCGGCAUCUGGAGCACAACAUCUUCAACUCCCCGAUGUCGUCGUCGUCGCUCCAGGAGCACACGCUCCGCCCCCUACAGAAGCCGUCUCACCGGCACCGUCAAACGCGACGUCGACGAAUAAGCGAAGUGCCAGUGAAUCACCGCCGGGCGGUCCGAAAGUCGCACGUGUUGAUAAUGAGGAUAAUGCGGCUGUUGUGAGCGCCGCACAGGCUGCCGCUUAUUUCGCCGCCCAUCCACCACCAACGAGUGCUCCCCAGUCACUCAUCGGAAUCUCCGCAGCAACACAAGCACAAAUUCAAAUUCAACAGGCUCAGCAGGCGGCUCAAGCAGCUCAAGCGGCCGCCCAAGCCACUCAAUCCCUAUAUAUCAAUACGGGCGGUGCCCCAACAGCCACUACAGUAGCCGCACCAAUCCCACCGUCCGGACCGCCUACAGUAGCCGCGCCGACGCCAGUACCCGGAGUACCGAAUCCAGCGAUCGUUCAACAACAACAACAGGCGGCACACGCGGAAGCUUUACGUAUUCUUCAAGGAGGAUUGACUUCUGGACUUCCGUUUCUUGGCACAAACGGUGGAAAUACGAUACCGUACUUCACCGCACUCCAACAACAAUUUCAGCAAUUGAAUGGGGUCAAUGGAGGGGGUGGAGCUGGUGGACUACAAUUCGGAAAUGCUGCGUUGGGACCACAACUUGCGGGCGCCGCGUUGUUGGCAGCGGUUCCUGGACCACCUGUGAAGAAAACCGGUCGUUGGAGUGGAAUGCACGUAAAAAUAGCCACUGACAUUCAGAAUUUGCGGCAACAACAGGAGGAGAAGAAGAAGACGUCAUCUGCCACGACGACACCGUCAAACUCGAAAAAAUCGUCGCCACAACACGCGAAACCAGCGCCAGCAGCUACAGUAACCGCCGCACCGGUACCCAUCCAACAGCCACAACCGACGUCAUCAGCGUCAUCGUCAUCUGGAGACAAAGGAGACACACCGAUCAUCAUCUCCGCCACUAUCAACAACGCUCCGCCACCAUCGGCUCCGGUUGCUCAGAUCGCGCCGACGGCACCCCAGCAGCCACAACAGCCGCCACCCGCAUCGUCGGCACCCGUUGGAGGACGUGCGGCGGCCACGACAACUGCAACAGCGGCGGCACAAACACAAUCGAUUCAAUUCACGCAAUUCCCACCACCACAAUUGUCGGGUGGGCCCACAUAUUCUGGAAAUGCUCAACUGAUGGCGGCCGCGAUAAAUGAGGCGACGCGACGUGUUGCGGCGACACCAAAACCAGCGACCGCGCGUCCCCCAUCGGCCGCCGUCACCACCCAAUCGAUCACUCAACUCGCCACAGCCCCACCCCAUCAACAACAACAACAACAACGUCCCCCAGCCGCCGCCGGACUCAUCGGAAUCACUGCCGCCACGUCAUCACAACAAGCCACGCCCACUUUGCAACAAGUGGCCACAAGUAUGGGAUUGCAACCGUCACAAGUCAGUGAUUUGGCGACACAACAGGCUCAAUAUCAGAUGUUGUUGCAGCAGAAGGCGCAGGAGCAGGCGGCCGCCCAAGCACAGGCUCAAUCCCAACAGCAACAACUCUUCGCCCUCCUCCAACAACAACAACAACCGGCGUCGGCGGUACUCAACCCGCAACAGCAACAACAUCAACAGCACUUGCAACAGUUGUUGUUGCUUAAUGCGAUGUCAAAUCCGCAAAUGUAUCUCCAACAACUGCAACAACCAACGAUUCAACAACCGGGACAACCGGCUGCUCAACCAGCGCCCUCAGUGACUCCACAACAACAACAACAACUCGAUUUAUUCCGUCAACUGGAAGCUCAAGCUCAGGCUCAGGCUCAAGCACAAGCGAUAGCUCAAGCACAGGCAGCGGCUCAGGCGGCCGCGCAGGCUCAAGCACAAGCCGCCGCACAACAACAGGCUCAGCAACAACAACAACAACAACAUCAACAACAAUUGCAACAACAACAACAACUCGCACAACAACAACAAUUACAACAAAUUCAACAAUUGUUGUUGUCGGGAAGCGCUGGACCGGCGGGAAGCGAUUUGAUCCGCAUGUUGCAAGUUGCUCAGCAACAACAAGUUGCACAACAACAACAACAACAAGUUGCGGCCGCUCAACAACAACAACAACAGGCUCAACAACAGGCGGCGGCUCAGCAACAAGCGGCUCAGCAACAACAGGCUCAACAGGCUCAACAUAACCAACAACUCGCCGCAGCGGCCGCACAAGCAAGUCGUCAACAACAACAACAACAACAACAACCGACACAAAAUCAAUACGAAGCAUUGAUUCAACAACAACGACUUCUCGCCGCUCAACAGGCUCAAGUUGCCGCUCAACAACAACAACAACAGCCACAACAACAAUUACAACAACAACAACAACAAUUACAACAACAACAACAACAACAAUUGCAACAACAACACCUCCAACAAAUGUUGAGUUUGAAUCCCGGAUUGUUGGCGUCACUCCAUGCACAACAACAACAACAACAGGCGGCUGCAGUUGCGGCUGCACAACAACAACAACAACAACAACAAAAGCCACCAACUCUACCAAAUGGACGAUAA